AUGUCUUCAAAUUACACCCACCACCUACACGGCUGCCAGGACUCAUCCUCUGCUGCCGUCCUGGAACUUGUCGAACUAAUAUCGUCAGUCGCGGAAACUGUGAGUGAGCUUCCAGCAAACAGUUCAACAACUGAUAGCGCGAGCCACUGCGCCGACUCAGCUGUGCGAAUGUUGAGUGACCUGCUGGUCUAUGCUGUGGUAGAUGACAGCUGUAUACGCUCACCAGAUAUACAAGUGCAUCUCGGGUUCCUGUAUGAAACUGCCCGGAGGGUGUUACAGAGAAUCGAUCAAAGAUUCUGA